GCAACAAGAGUGAAACUCCAUCUCAAAAAAAAAAAAAGUAUCAACCAUUUGUGGGGGUUAUUAGUUAGAUACCCUUGUCAGAUAUACUGGCCUUGAUUCUGACACUACAAUAGGACUCCUUGCCUAGGCUACAAUUUUCAUAUGCUGUGAAAAGUGGUCAGCAAAGCAACCAGGCAGCUUAAACUAUCCAGUGGCAUUUCCUGCCUGCACAGUCAUAUCCAGGUGAGAAUACCAAAUAGGUGGUAAAUGAAAAUGAAGAUUAGCUAAUCUCUCAUAGCAAUGCAAUCUUAACGUGUCUUUCUUUACGCUCAGUCUCCAUGGAGUCCUCACAUCCUCAGAAGUAUCGUUUGUGUUUUACUGAGCUGACACACCAAAGAAGUUCUGAUCCAUAAAAAACAUUUUGUAUUUUUCCUUCAACAUCCCUUCCUUUCCCACUUUCCCAUUGGAAAUGGUUUCUCCUGCUUCCCAAGAGAUCUCCACCGGCCGACUGAGGGAGCCCACUUCUGCAUCCCCCAUGCUGGUUGUCCUCUGUUUGUUGGUUCUAUGCACAAACCCUCUUGACUCACCUUCCCCUCUACUCCCCUCCACCUUCUCUUUUACCAAGGUCAGACCUAGUUUUUCCAAAGCCUAUUGAUCAUGACUGUAGCUCAACACUAUCCUAGACCCCGUGGUUAGGACAAAGAUGAGUAAGAUUCCCACCCCACCCUGGAGCUCUCACACUGAAGAGUUAGUUAUGGGGAUAAAUGGAUGAGUAGGUGGUUGGAGGGAUGGAUGGAGAGAGAGAACACAAAGGCUUUGCAGACAGACAUACUGAGUUUGAAUCUCAAGUAAGACAGAUGCUAGCUCUCUGAACUUAGGCAAGAUAGCAAGAGCCUCAGAUUCCUCAUCUAUAAAAUGGGGGUAGUAAUUCCUACCUAGUCUAGGUGGUUGUAAAGAUCAGAGACUGUAAAUUGCUUAGGGAACUGCUUGGUUAAACAACAUGUAAGUGACAUAAGAGAAGUGCAAACAAAAGGGGUGGGGGUUCCCAGAGGGAAGGCUCACACCUGCAGGAGGCCACACAUGAGCGUGUGUGCGUGUGCGUGUGCACGUGUGCAGGGCCCUCCCAGCCUCCAGGUGAUCUGACUUCCCCAGCACAGCCUAUGCAGAGCAGCAGAGCUGGGCAGCACAGACUAUGCAGAACAGAGCUGGGCAACGCAGACCUGGGAGCCAGCAAGUCCACACAGUCUGGCAUUUACAAGUGAAACAGCUCAGAGGCUGAGAAUGGUGUGGAGGAGAAAAAGAAAGCCUGCAGGUCGCCAACAGCCCAAUCCCCUACCCCAUCUGUGGAGGCCGACUCCCCAGACCAGAAGAAAAUCAUUAGCCUACGCCCAUGUCUUCUCUCCAAAUCUAUGCUUCAUUCAGGACCAAGAGUCAAAAUCCAGUUUUGAUGGUGCCUCUUUAGCAAGUGAUAAGAACGACUGUAAAACAGAAAGCAAAAAUGACCCUAAGACUGAAAGAAAAAAGUCUUCAUCUUCCGGCCAGUACAAGGCCAAUAUGCACUUUCACAAGUUGUUUCUUAGUGUUCCAACGGAGGAACCACUGAAGCAAAGCUUUACCUGUGCUCUACAGAAAGAAAUACUAUACCAAGGAAAGCUCUUUGUAUCAGAAAACUGGAUUUGUUUUCAUUCCAAGGUCUUUGGAAAAGACACAAAGAUCUCUAUUCCAGCUUUCUCAGUAACCCUAAUAAAGAAAACCAAAACUGCUCUUCUAGUGCCAAACGCCCUCAUCAUAGCGACGGUCACAGACAGGUACAUGUUUGUCUCCUUACUCUCCAGAGAUUCAACUUACAAACUACUAAAAUCUGUGUGUGGACACUUAGAAAAUACAAGUGUUGGUAACAGUCCCAAUCCAUCUUCUGCUGAAAACAGUUUCCGAGCAGACCGCCCGUCAUCUCUGCCUCUGGAUUUCAAUGAUGAAUUCUCAGAUCUGGAUGGAGUGGUUCAACAAAGAAGGCAAGACAUGGAAGGAUACAGCAGUUCUGGUUCUCAAACUCCUGAAUCUGAGAACUCUCGAGUAGAUUUCCAUGUGACAGAAUCCCAAACAGUUCUGAAUGUCUCCAAGGGAGAAGCAAAGCCAACUCGGGCAGAUGCCCAUGUGAACAGAGUACCUGAAGGAAAAGCCAAGAGUCUCCCUGCACAGGGUCUGUCAGAAACUGUUGGAAUCUUACAUAAAGUCAAGUCUCAGAAAUGUCCCAUGCUUCACCAUAUUCUUAUAUUCUAUGCAAUUGUUGUCUGUGCACUAAUCAUCUCGACCUUCUAUAUGAGAUACAGAAUUAAUACUCUGGAGGAGCAGCUGGGGUUACUAACCUCCAUUGUGGACACCCAUAAUACUGAACAGGCAGCACCAUCUGGCCUGGGAUCACAAGUACAAUUCAAUGUGGAAGUUCUCUGUCAAGAGCUUACAGCUAACAUAGUGAAAUUAGAAAAGAUACAAAAUAACUUACAGAAGCUGCUUGAGAAUGGUGACUGAUCGACCAGAUUGAUUGGACCUUCGGAAUACCUCAUGUUUCCCUUUGAAGAAGGUGCUUCCCGGGGCGUUUUGUUUGAGUGCGCCCUGCUGGUCAGAGGCGCAAACAGAUGAGAAUCCAGACAUUGCAUGUGGCGGUCUCCAGCUCAGGAAAGUGGGGAGGGAAAUGAUUUUGGUUCUUGUGCAAUAAAAGUUGACCUUGACUCUCUGAGGAAGAUUUUGCUGCUGCUGCCUGAAAAAACAGACCCAUCUCUGGAGGUCUCAGGAAGGGCCCAGCGGACACACUCUCUUGGAUAAUUACCAUAAUGGCAUCAGCAAACACUCCACCCUGUGCCUUGUUCAUCCUUCCCACCCUCCUGCCUCUCCCUUACACCCUUCUUAACGACUUUCAAACUAAAGGAUACAUCAUAUACCGACGAACUCAAUGUGGUCCUUUCAAGAAUUAGCCACAAGUCUGAAAAAGGCAAUAAAUGGCUCUAAGUGGACAGGUUUGCUUCAAACAAGUAACAUCUACAUUUUGUCUUUUUUUUUUUCUUUUUUUUUUUAGUCCUCCUGUUAUGUUCUGGUUUAAAUCACCUGUGUAUCUUAAUUUCUCAAUUCCUUUUUGGCAAGAAUAUCAAGCAAGGUGGAUUUAACAUUCUGUUUAUGUUUUGUUUUGUUGCUGUAACUAAUAGUUAAUUGAACUGGUCAAGAAUCUGUGAGGCAUGUGACUGAAGUACUAAAUUAAACUUAUGUUGAAACCAAACCUAAUUUUUAAGCCAAAAGGUAUAUAGUGAUUUAAUACAGGAUGAAAAACACUGAAUUUUUAAGACUGUUGGUGGACCAUGAUAGUAGUUUUGAAACAGGAUGUCUGUAUUCAGCAUUCAAUAAUGCUAAAAUCCAUUUCAGCAUGAAAUUUGUAUGUUUUUAUCUUUUGCUGACUAAAAUAAAAUAACUGGUAGUAUGCUAUUUACCAUAUGGGUUGGCUGGUUUUUAUUAAUAAUUGUUUAGGGUAUCAUAAGAUCUGUAAGUAUAAAGGAUAUUCUGUUUCUAUCCGCAAUGCAUUUGAUAAUCAUUUCUAUGAAAUGUAUUUUAUUUAAUCAGAUAAGCUAAUAAGUGAAUUGGUUACAUCGUUUGUAUCUGUUAGUCUAGCGGACAGCUGUGCCUGGUGCACCUCUGGCUUUUAAUAAAUACUCAUUGGUUGAAACGCCCUGCUAACACUGUGUUUUGUCAGUUGGUAAAUUCUUUUAACCAAGACUUACUAUGCUUUCUAACUCGUUUUCCACCUGCCAUCUACUGCUUCCAAUUCACUUAUACUUCCUUCCUCCCAAGUAUUCAUUUCAAAACUGAUCAAGGAAUUUAAGUUCUUGGGUUACAAUGGUUUAAAGGAAAGAAAAUGAACUUUGAAGUCAAAAAAAGGAAAAAAAAAAAGACAGUGCUUGAUUCCUCAGUCCACAUUUCAUGAGUUAUGUGACCUUUAGCAAAAUAUUUGGCCAUAUCCCCCCAUUUUAUUGAUGAGGUUGAAAGUACCAGUAAAAAGUAUCAGCAUGAGGAUUAAAUGUGAUAAUGUCAGCCAGGUGCAGUGGCUUAUGCCUAUAAUCCCAGCAUUCUGGGAGGCCAAGGCAGGAGGAUUGCUUCAGCUCAGGAGUUUGAGAUCAGCCUGGACAAUGUAGCAAGAUCCCAUUUCUACUAAAAAUAAAAAUAAAUUAGCCGGGUGUGGUGAUGCAUGCCUGUAGUCCCAGCUACUCAGGAGAAUUGCUGAAGUCUGGGAGACUGAAGCUGCAGUAAGCCAUGAUCACACCAUUGCACUCUAACCUGGGUGACAGAGCAAGACCUUGUCUCAGUCAAUCAGUCAAUGUGAUGAUGUCUCUAAAGCACAUAGCCAUGUCAGGCAAGUAGUAUGCUUUCAUAACAGCUACAAUAGUCAUUAUUUUAAAAAAUAUUUUUAUGCAACAGUAGUCCCAGCUACUUGGGAGGCUGAGGCAGGAGAAUCACUUGAACCCAGGAGGUGGAGGUUUCAGUGAGCCUAGAUCUUGCCACUGCCACUCCAACCUGGGCAACAAAGUGAGACUCUGUCUCAAAAAAAAAAAAAAUCAUGUCUGACAUUACAGUUUUAUUAAAGUUCAGUGUCAAUGCUUUCUAUUCAAAACCCAUUAGUGAUUCAAGAGUGGGUCAGCCACCUCUGGAGAACAACUUUAUAACCAUAUCAAGAGCCUCAAAAAGGCUCAGAUUUCACUGAGUUUUAGUAAUCUGCCAUCUAGGAAUUUAUCCUAAAGCAACAAUUAGAGGUAUAGUAGAGUUUAUAUGCAAGAAUAUUCUUUGAAACCUCUGACAGCAAAAUAUUAGAGAGUCUAAAUAUUCAGUAGAAGACAGUUAAAUGAUGUAGUUAUUUAAAAUUGCAUUGUCAAAGAAAGGCAUACAAAAUAUCAAAAAUUGCAUUAAAAGACAUAAAACUAUAGGGUAUGAUCCCAAUUUUAGGAAGAAAACCCUAAAUGUGUGUGUGUGUGUAUAUAUAUAUAUAUAUAUAUAUAUAUAUACACACAUACAUACAUACACAGAAACCCAUACACAUUUUCUGUAUCCUACAGAUUUUGUAUAAUGAACAGUCAUUACCUUUUUUUUAAUCAGAUAGGUUAAUUUAAAAGAUUGGGUGACUCUCUGCAGGGAAUCAGAACUCACAACUGCCACCCCCACAGCAUGGCUGCUAGUUCUUUACCUGAAACUUUAUUUCCCAACAACCACUACAGUUGACUCAUCCAAAGCGAAAGAGAGCGCUGCCAUUCCUAGGUUUAGUUAUUUUUUCUGCUUUGCGGAUUCUAUUGUUUGUUUUGUUUCCCUUUACUAGCUUCCAAGUGAAAAUCUGGUGCAGCUAGAUCCGAAUGGUGAAAUCCAGGUUAAGCCUGCAUACUAACGAGCAUACCAAGCGAGGGAAAGCAAGCAUCUGGGAUUUUUACGCCUCUACCAACUAGGUUUUAAACGUAGGGAAUUCUAACAUAGGGGUUUCAGAUGCUGAAUGGCCAAAUAGCAAAUGCCCACCAUAUGUUUUGCCCUUCAAAACUUGUGUAAUCUUAAAAAGAUUAUCAGUUGUAAUACUAUUUCUAUGCACUCUAAUAUUUUAAUCUAUAAUAUAAUUAAAUACAUACUAUUUUGGUGAAUAGAAAUUACCAAUCUUCCAUAAGCUGGAAAUGCUAUUAUUAUUAUUGUUGCCCUCUCAAGCUAAACAUUUAAGAUACCUUCCUAUUUAUACUCCACAAUACUCCAAAGCAUUUCCCAGGUAUUCAUUUACGCAAUUCCUUGAAACCAACCAAGAGACUUUUUUUUUUUUUCCCAGACAGGGUCUCACUCUAUCAUCACCCAGGCUGGGUGGCACAAUCUCGGCUCACUGCAACCUCUACCUCCCAACCCAUCCUCUCACCUCAGCCUCCCAAGUAGCUGGGACUACAGGUGCACACCACCACACCCAGCUAACUUUUUGUAUUUUUAGUAGAGACAGGUUUUCGCCAUGUUGCCUAGGCUGGUCUCGAACUCCUGGGCUCAAACAAUCCACCUACAAAUGUCAGCCACCUCGCCCAGCCCAGAGACAUUUUUUAAAUGCUUUUUCCUUGUCUUACACAAGUUCAUAAAUUCAUGGAGUCAGGCCAAAAAAGAAAAAAAAAUUCUGACUUAAAUAUGAGUUGUCUUAUAUGCUAUUUUGAUUUGUGUAUCCUAACAAUAGUAAAAUGCAGGUGAUGCUUUCUUACUUUUUUGUUUCUGGUGAUCUAAAGGAUAUGGACACUAAUAUGUUAUGGAUAGCUCAGGUGAUUUUACUCUCAAGCAUUUUUUAAGUCAAAAUGCUACACAUCGAUAAUAGUUAUACUGCCAUUUGAGGUCAUAACCUGACCUACUGACAAAGGAGCCCAGUGAUAUAAUAUUAUUUUAAUAUGCUUCUUUUACACCUCUCCCUGCUAAUUACUAUCAAGCUACCAGAUUCUUGCCUAAAAAAAAAGUCAUUACAUGAAGCAUCUUUGAUCACUGAAUUUCCAGCGCUUCUUUGUUGUGUCUAGACGCUGAGUCCUUUUCUAAUUUGAAAAAAAAAAAAAACCAGAGACCUGAUUCUGUUUCUCUCUUGUAGUUUCUCUUAUCUCUGUUUCUAGCCACUCUAUGUAGUGCCUCUCUUUUUUUUUUUUCUGUACACACACAAGGAGUAUCCACAAUACCAAUAAUCUCAGUAGUGGUAAUGAAAAGUGGAAGGGGAAAAUGGCCCUUGCUUCUCACAGACAAACUCACUAAUGGAUCAUUUUUGUUUUGUUUUGUUUUGUUUUUGAGACAGAGUCUCACUCUACUGCGCAGGCUGGAGUGCAGUGGUGCAAUCUUAGCUCACUACAACCUCCACUGCCCGGGUUCAAGUGAUUCUCCUGCCUCAGUCUCCUGAGCAGCCGGUUUAUGGGCGCCUGCCACCAUGCCUUGCUAAUUUUGGGGGUUUUUUUAGUACAGAUGGGGCUUCACCAUGUUGGCCAGGCUGGUCUCGAACUCCUGACCUCAAGUGAUCUGCCCGCCUCAGCCUCCCAAAGUGCUGAAAUUACAGGCAUGAGCCACAGCACCCUGCCUCAACGGAUCUUGAUGAGCUACACAACCCAUUAUUUUUAUGUCUUUAUGAAUGCCACUAGAAAGUUUCAUUUUGUUCUUUCUGAAAACAACUAUGAUUAUAAAACCUCUUCUGAUACACGGCAGUAAGAGAACAUGUUAUACAGAGAAGCCUGCGUCCCUCUGCCCUGCCACCACGGCACCUAUGCUAAGCAUAUCAUAGACAGAAGGACGUCCAUCUGCCUAUGUAAACUCUUGUCCGUUUAUUCUCGGGCUCUGUCCAGUUAGUGACCCUAUCACUCCUUUGCUCCUUCUUCAUUUGAGGACUAUGGCUGUGAACUCUAUUUCUUCCUCUCUGCACAUAUAUAGGCUACAGGAGGAAGUAACAAAAAUCUUCCCCCACACCCAGAGCUAAAUAUUUUUUGCCCCAAGCUGAAAGUUCUCUAGUGAAAAUGCAGUUCAAGGCCAUGGAUGCAGGAGAGAAGUAGAUUUGUUGGCUGCUAAAAGGAACACCUGUACAGUUUUGUCUCACAGCACCAUCCUAAGAGCAUUCUGAUUUGUUUUAUUCUCCAUUUUUAACACCUUUGUUGAUGUAAAAUUUACAUACAGUAAACCACAUACUUAAUGUAUACAAUCUUAUGUUUUUAUGUACACGUGUACUCGAGAAACCAUCACCACAAUCAAGAUAAUAAACAUCCAUCACCCCUCAGAGAAACCACGUUACAACCCUUCUCUCAUGCCCCUACCUACAUUCUCCAUUCUAAGCAACUGCUGAUCUGCUUUCUGUCUCUGUAGAUUAGUUUGCAUUUUCUAGAAUUUCAUAUAAGUGGAGCCAUAUAACAUGUACUCUUUUUUUGGUCUGGAUUCUUUCUGUCAACAUAUUUUGAGAUUUAUCCAUUUUUUGCAUGUUUCAAUAGUUUAUGCCUUUUUAUUGCUCAACAGUAUUCCAUUGUAUGUGUAUAACACAGACUGUUUAUCCAUUUGCCUGUAGACGGAUAUUUGGGUUGUUUCUAGUUUUUUGUUGUUGUUCUUAAUACCAAUAAAGCUGCUGUGAACAUCUGG